AUGGGAAAACCAGUGAUCAUUAAGGCAAAGAAGGACUACGAUGGCGUGUAUGAGCCAGAACGUAUGAACUGGCUUCGAUUACAGUACUAUCGCUACCAGGUUACUUUCGGUCCAUAUGUCUUUACCUCUCAUGAAACAUUUGUUUUCAAUACUAUUGUCCUCCUUUUGCUUUUUCUAAUCGGUUGGGCCGUAAAAUCUAUUAUUGUCAAAUUAGCUCCUCCUUUGUGGAACUUCGGGUUAUAUAUACCGGGUGCUGUAUUGCAUCUCAUUCAAAAGAAUGCUUAG